AAUUAAUUAAAUAAAUAAAUAAUCAAUUAUUUCUUCUAACAGAUCAUUUCUUGAUUCUACCAGCUUUCUUCUAUUCAGAGAUUUUAUUUUUCUGCUAAUCAAGAACCAUACGAAAAAAAAACGAAAAUGGCAGAAGAAUCGAAGAUGGAGGAACAGCUCAAGAAACCGACAAGAAUCAUCGUACCGGAUCUAUCCUUUAACGUGCCGAAAACAAAAACCACGUCGCGUUCGAUUCCCUCUUCACCGGUGGGUCUGAGGAAGGCGGCAAGUAUCAGAAGCAACUGCCUAUGUUCACCGACGACACACGCGGGCUCGUUCAGGUGCAGACACCACAGAAACUCUUCAUCGAACCUCAUGCGCAGUAGCAUGUCCGUUGGAUCGAAGCUGUCUGAGCUGGCGGCGGAUAAAUCCAACGGCACAUGCGGCGACACCUUGCGCAAACAGAUCACCAUUGCAGGGCACCAUAACCACGGCUCGUAAAAUUUAUAUAU